AUGCGUCUCUCCAACAUCCUCACUGCACUCCUCACCACGGCCUUUGCGCUCCCUCACGACGGCAAACAAGCACGUGACGUCGCUACUGGCGACCAGCUUGAUGCCCGCGACGGGCCUGCUGCCGUUGAUGCUCGCGACGAGGUCACCCACCUCGCGGAACGAAACCCUGCCCCACUGUAUAUGCUCGGCCUCGGAGGGCAAGUUCACACGAGCGCUCCCAGGUCUCCUUGGACAGCAGUCGCGGCCCUCCAGAACAUUAUCAAUGAGCGCAACGGCCCGAGCAACCAGCUUCUGGUCGAUGGUGACUACGGACCCAAGACUGCUGCCGAAGUGGAGCGGUACCAGAGGGCGUGGACGCCAAGCUUUGUCAAGCCAUACUUCGCCCAAGAUGAGCUCCUUGGAAAACUGCUCCAGGUUGGGUACAGUGGUUCGCCCACGAGAUACAUCACGGCGCUCCAGCUGCUCCUCCAAAUGUGGUAUUAUGACGACGUUGAGGUGAAUGGCAAAUGGUCCUCGUCCUACGCAUCUCUGGUCGACUUUCAAAGGAAGGGCGGCAUCCCUGCACAAUACCGAGGCAGGGUAGGGCGGUGCACCUGGUCGCUGCUCUUUGGCGGUGUGGAGUAG